AUUCCGCACGGAGUUAUUUUAUUCUUUGCCCUUAGUCUUUGCUACUUCAAAAAAAAACUUUAUUUAUGGAUAACCUACGAGGGGAGGUCAAUAAGUUCGUCUCGUAUAGUGGUAGAUUUUGUUUUGUUUAUCACUACUUAUUAUAAAAACACGGUACAGAUCGAUUUUUUUUAUCGAAGGAAUUUAUAAAAAGGUAUUUUUAGUUUGUUGAAAUUGAAGAAAAAUAAAAAAAAUGGGACGUAGCUAGUCGGUUUCAAUUUUCUUUUAAAGAUAAUUGAAAAAACCAUAUUGUCCACCCACACAUGACUCGGGCGAAGAAAAGAGAAAGUAUCCUGCCUGUUACUUAGGAUACAAACCUAAAUUAUGGAGAGCAAAGAAGUUGUACCCGCGAACUCCAUUGCGUUUGCAGACUUGUGCUCCGUUUUGGAAAAACUACGCGACGUACAGAAGAAUCACAAGAAACAGCAAAACAAAACUAAAAGCAUCAAACAGGCACAAGGAGAUAUUCUGAAGAUGUUUUUAAAUGAAUGUAAACUAGCCGCUGCUAAAGUAACAGAAAAAAAGGAUUCUAGCCUAUUUAACAUUCUUCGACUUCUACUACCCGCGUGCGACCGCGAGAGAAGUCCAUACAACAUGAAGGAAAGCAAACUGGGCGUGUUACUAGUCAAGGUUCUUGCUAUCUCUGACUCAAUGGACGCGCAGAAGCUCAAGAAUUACAGAUCUGCGGCGGACAGUAAUGCGCCAGACUUCGCCAGCGUUGCUUACUUUGUCAUAAAGAAGAGGUUCGGCGAAAAACCCGGAUGCCUAGACAUUGGGAAGGUUAAUGCAAUUUUGGAUAAAAUAGCCAUGGCCGAAGUGGGCAAUAAAGGACCUGCUCUUCACGAAGCGUUUAAAUUUGCCAUCGACAAACUGAGCCCAAAGCAAUUUGAAUGGUUCCUAAGGAUGAUUCUCAAAGACAUGAAGUUGUCAAUGGGCACCGACCGGAUUUUGGCUGCUUUCCACCCGGACGCACCCAGCUACAAUAAAGAGUGUAAUAACUUAAUGAAAGUUUGUGAGAUGUUCGAUGAUGGUAACGCGAGGCCAGUUGAGAUGGGCGUGCAGAUAUUUUAUCCCGUGUGUCCAAUGCGUUGCGAGCGGCUCGAUGUCACGGAGACCAACUUGCAUCUAUCUGCGGACAAAACAUACAUUGUUGAGAAUAAAUUCGACGGUGAACGAUUUCAGAUUCACAUGAAAGAUGGUGUUUACGAGUAUUUCUCGCGGCGAGGCCACAGUUACUCUGAUAACUACGGCAAGACCCACGACUCUGGGUUGCUAACUCCACAUCUCAAGGACUGCUUCAUUGGGAGCGUGUCGAGCUUCAUCAUCGACGGGGAGAUGAUGGGCUGGCAUAAGUACAGCCAAACCUUUAAAAUUAAAGGUGAACCGUUCGACGUAAAAAAGAUAACAGAGACGUCGAGUUUACGGCCAUGUUUCAUCGCAUACGACGUGUUAAUGUACAACGGGAAGUCGUUGGUGGGACCCGCGGCGUCGGGUGGGUUGCCGCUGUCACGACGGCUGGCGAUUUUGGACGACAUGUUCGAUGACGUCACAGGCGUCAUACUGCACAGCAAGAGGGAGGUCCACGAGGACAGGUCAGUCAUAAGGAGCAAAUUGAAUGAGGCAAUAGAGAAGCAAGAAGAAGGAAUAGUCGUGAAGGAUGCCUCGUCGUACUACUUGCCAAGCUCGACGAGCGGCGGCUGGUACAAAAUUAAACCCGAGUACACGAAAUCGACGAUGAACGAUAUGGACGUGGUGGUAAUCGGCGCGGACGAAGCUGCCAACAAGCGCCAGGGCCGCGCCAGCAGCUUCCACGUCGCCUGCGCUGAUGUCACUACUCCGGGCUCGCCGCCUACCCGCUGGCUCAGCAUCGGACGCGUGUCCAGUGGGCUAUCGUUCGAGGACUUGAGGACGUUGUGCGCGGCCCUGGAGCGGAACUGGGUGCCGCUCAAACAGAGAGAGCCGCCCGCGUCGCUCGUCUUCGGGAAAACGAAGCCUGACUUUUGGAUUUUGCCAGAACACUCCGUGGUCUUGCAGGUGCGGGCGACAGAAGCUGUGCGGAGCGGCGACAGUGGGGCGGGACACUUGCUGCGGUUCCCGCGCGUGGAGCGGCUACGCGCGGACAAGCCUGUCGGCGACGCCAUGACGCUCAUAGAGUUCAAUACCCACCUCUCUAGCAAAAGCAACGUGUCGAAGCUAGCGACCACCGCAGUAAGCGCGGAUCAAAUGGAGCUCGAACAGGUCAAAAUCACUAGAAAGCGGAAGAUAAAGGAAGAGCCGAAAGUAGCGCCACAUUUCAGAGUGGUCGCCGCGGCGGACGUGGAGGCCGACUCUAAGGCGCUGUUGGAUCGGAAAGUUUGCGUAUUGUCGAGUGACGAGGACUGUUCGAUAGAAGAGUUGGACAGGAUAGUGAGGUCGCACAGUGGGAUCCGUGUCGCCAACGUGGGCCCCGAUACAUGGUGCGCGGUGGUGGGCAAAUCCACCGCUCUCGCGCUCCGCACGAUAAAAUCUCAAGAAGUGGACGUCACCACCACAACAUGGCUGCGAUCACUGGAGCCCUCGCCACUCCCUUGCCGCUUGGAGCCUUUGGACCUGCUGGCGAUGAAAUGGGAGACGAGAAAAAGCUUUAGUAUAGAUUUCGAUUGUCACGGAGAUAGUUAUACAAAGCCUUCAGAUUUGAAUUCUCUCAAACGGUGCUUCGACAAAAUGGAUAGUGAACCAAAGGUAUACCUCACUCAACAGGAAAUGUUAACGUUAGACAAAGAGUUAUUCGGGGAUACCAACCCAUUUUCCUUCCUAAGACCCUGCUACAUGUAUUUUACGAAACACCAUAGCGUUCACUCAAUACGAGCUCGUAUGUUCGGCGCUAAUAUUUGUCGGCAGCUGUGCCCUGAUGUUACACAUGUCGUAAUAGCGAAGUCGUCAAAAACGGAAGAAAUAGAUGAAUUGAGAAGAAUGACCGACGCGUCGUUUGUUACUGAAGAGUGGCUGGAAAAGUGCCUUGCUGCUAGAACUAUUUUGGAAGAAAUGUAAUGCUAUAUGAUGUUAUAUUACAAUCAUGCGCUUAUUAUUUUUUAAGUAUGGAAUGUAUGAAAUAAAUUUUAUUUACGUUGCA